AUGAGGAAACGUCUUCGCGCCUGUGAGGAGUGCCAUCGUCUUAAGAUCAAGUGUGAUAUAACCACAAACCCUGAUGCAGCUAGCUGCGAUCGGUGCCAACGCAAUAACCUCCAAUGCGUCCCAGCAGCACCACGUCUUCAACGCGACCGCAUCAGUGAGCUCGAGGCUCAGAUUCAGGAGCUCAGGAACGCGCUGCAGGAACAGAGCAGUGGCUCAACCCCAAGCCUCUCACCUGGGAGUCUCACCACGACCCUGAGCGCUGGCCGGUCGCCUGCUAGCCUACUUGAAAGCAAUGACGAUGCCGCUCUCUCAGUCUUGGACUCGCGCAUUCCGCCCAUGAGACAACAACAUCUUCUUCAUCUAUACGCUCACAGUGCUGGCGCUGCGUGGCCGGCCAUCCAACUGCCUAUUGAUCUGGACCAUCUUCGCGCAAAAUGUCCCGUCUUACUCCUCUGUGUGAUUACCUACACCCUCACACAGGAAGCACAAGGCGUUGACCUAGAAGUGAACGAUGAGCUGGCUCGAGAAUCAGUGCGCAUCCUCGGUGAUGAGGUGAUUGGCAAAGGCCAGAGGUCCCUUGAGCUGGUGCAGGCGCUGCUCAUAGCCGCCUUCUGGAACAAGAGCACGCGGAGGGGAUCACAGGGGAGCGCAUACCAGAUCGUCCAGCUAGCCUCUGACAUGGCUAUCGAUCUGGGCAUCGCAGGCUUCUCCCUGCAACCAUCGCCUGCGGCUUACUUCAGCCGGCAUGGGCAGCCUACAUCACUCGAGGCACGACGAACUUGGCUCGCCUGUUAUGUGGCAUCUUCGAGCUCAUCCAUCAGUAUACGCAGACCGAGCCCUGUCCCAUGGGAUGCAUACCACCAGGAGUGCGUCUUGACCCUUGAAAAUAACGGGCAUCCGUCCGACCUGCUGUUUUGUCAAGUUGUUCGCAUCAUACGAUUGGACCACGAAAUUUCCAAUCACCUCUGUCUUUGUCAGAUAGCUACCUUUGUGGAUGGCAACGACUACAACACUUACUCUGCGAUUGAGAUGCUAAAGGCCAAGGUCGAUGCAUGGGCAGCUGAGAUUCCACCUUCCCUUGCAUCUUCUCAGACGCUCAAAGUAUGGUGGCAUAUUGCCAUGAUCCAUCUGUACGAACUCGUGCUGCAUACCCCUACAAACAAAGCAUCUUUUGCCGCCCCCUUCAUCCCUGGACGUAUCCCCGUCAAGGACUUCCCACGACCAGCUACCGUAAUACCGCCUCUUCAAAGUGCGCUCAAAGAACUUGUCCAGCACUGUCACGCGGUCGUCGACACCGCCACAGAAAUGGACCCUGCUCUGAUUCUUAACCUGCCUACUUUCUGCUUCGCACCCACGGUAGUUUACGCUCUCUACGUUCUAGUAACUGCCUUGGUGACGGCAACUGCUCCCGACCCACGGAACACGUAUGGGCAGUGUCUGCCAAAAGAUUGCUUUCGCAUUGAGCAAUGCGGGAUGAAGCUAAGGAAUCUGGUGGCGUAUAUGAAGGUUCUCGACCCUACGCUGAGUUGCUUUACAACGCGUUUGUUCGAUGCAACAGGGUGGCUUGAGGAAUGGUAUAACGAUUACUCUGCUAUUCUGCGGCGGUAUGAGACGCAUCUUGGGAAUUGA